CAGCACGCUGCAGAAGCACGAGAGUCAGCCCAAGAGACCGGAGUUGCCGGACCGCGCCGCUAACAUAGUAAAUGUCCGAAUAAAAUACACACUUGGAAAAAGAGAGAAAAAUUAGGGCCACUGGGAAGGCUGAAGUGUGCACACUUGGCAAGCAAAUCGAAACGACAGCAAAAGCGACCGCCCACAAUCCGCGCACGUAAAACCCGAGACUCGGCGACUUUGCAGGACGACAGAGCGAUCCCGAAGGCAGGACAAAUGGCGGAGAACGGACUGCGUGUGCCAGGGCCAUCCGCGGUGGCUUCCUCGGUGGCUUCCACGGCGGGCGGGUCGGGGGGCGGUUCGGCAUCCGGAUCCGGGGCCGGCGCCGGAGUGGUGGCCACCGGCAGCAGCGGAGGAACUAGCAACGGGGAGCACGAGAACGAACAUAACGCCAAUGCGGACAGCGAGAAGGCCCAGCCGGCGCCGGCGGUCCAGAAGUACAUGCAGGAGCUCAUGACGGAGCGGUCGCGCAUGGAGAACCACUUCCCCCUGGCGGUGAAGCUGAUCGACGAAGCUCUGGAGCGUGUGCAGCUGAACGGACGCAUCCCAACGAGAGACCAGUACGCCGAUGUCUACCAGCAGCGCACCAUCAAGUUGUCCCAAAAGGUGCACGUGCCCAUCAAGGACAAGAAGUUCAACUAUGUGGGCAAGCUGCUCGGCCCCAAGGGCAACUCGCUGCGCCGCCUGCAGGAGGAGACGCAGUGCAAGAUCGUCAUACUUGGCCGCUUUUCGAUGAAGGACCGCGCCCGCGAGGAGGAGCUGCGCAACUCCGCGGACGCCAAGUACGCCCACCUGAAUCUUCCGCUGCAUGUCGAGGUGUCCACCAUAGCUCCGCCCGCCGAGGCGUACGCCCGCGUGGCCUACGCCCUGGCCGAGAUUCGGCGCUACCUCACGCCGGACAAGCACGACGACAUACGCCAGGAGCAGUACCGCGAGCUCAUGGAGGACCCAGAAGCGGCCAAAAAACUGACGCUUCGCCAGCUGCAGCAGCAAUCUAAUGCAGCGGCCAGUGGUGGCGGCGGAGGAGGAGGAGGCGGUGGUGUCGGCGGCGGCGGUGGUGGUGGUGGUGGUGGUGGUGGUGGAGGAAACGGAAACGGAGGAGCAGCUGGAUCCGGCAGCAAUAAUGGCAAUGGUAACCAGCGCUCUGGCGGCAAUUACAGACAAAAGUUUCAGCAACAAUCACACUAUCGCCACAACGAGGAGACUGUCUACUUUCGCUCACACAACAAUGCGUACCACCAGCCAAAACCCUAUGUGCCAGCAGCCCAGCGGGGCAAUGCCAUGCACACCACCUUGCCACCACAGGCGAUUGUGCGAGCCUCGCCACCCGGUAUGGUCGUUAGUGCGGCCAGCUUCAAUGGCCGGAAUGCCGGGCUGGGCAAUGCCGGCGGUGGCGGGAUCAUGGCCAAUAGCAUCGUGGCCACCACUGGCGGUGGUAUCGGCGGCGCUGUGCCGCCCAAUAUGCGCUACCGUCCCGCUGCCCCCUAUCAGUUUGUCAAGAAAUAAUACAGAUGGGAGGAUGCACCACCCGCUGCCGUUCGCUGUUUGUUCAACUAUUCCUCACCAUCAUUAAUGCCUCAUCAGGAAGUAUUUACGCCCAUCCGUCAUGCCCAUCCAAACACCCACAACCAAAACCACACCAACAUCCACACACUGCUCCAAAGGUAGAUGUAGUAACUAUGAGAACAUUGGAAACUUGUCAUGCAUUGAUUUCACCAAGAUUUCGGCAGGGUGGAAACCAAAACGAAACGAAUGAGUAAAUGUAUGUUUAAGAAAACUAGCCUAAGUAGACGAAUGCUCCGAGGAUCAGACGAACACCCCAACAUGAACAACACCACCCAACCAAACCAAUCAACCGACCAGACAAACACCCACCACCCCACACGCGCGCAAGCACUCCUCGAGGAUUGGGUUUAUAGGAUCACGAGAGUCUGCGAUCUGGGACUUCGGAAUCCGUGUGUUGGGCCCCUGUGAGCAUUUGGAACGGAGAGAUCGAAAAGGGAGAGAGGGAGAGAUGGAUAGAGGAGGAAAAGAACGCCUCGAUGUUGGAUCGGGCCGAAUCGAAUGGAUUUAUUCAGGGAUGAUCCCAGUCGAGCCAGAUGUCCUUGUUUUGUUUUUUCGUAUAUUAUCAUCAACUUUAUUUUACCACUGACGCAUGCAAAGAUUUCAUCAAUUUCUAAUUUAUAUCAAUGAAUAUAUAUAUCUCCUUUAUGUUUACACUUAUACGUAUUCUCCCCGCAGUCGCUUAAUCCAUUUGCUUUACCAACUCUGCGUUUAAGUUUAUCCUAUUUUUUGUUUUAAUGCAUUUUGUAUUAUGUUUACGUUUAGAAGAGGAGGCUUUUUAUUUUUAUUUGUUACGUCGCCAGGACAGAAAAACCAAUUGCAAAAGAUCAUGAAUAAUAUAUAACAAGUACAUAUAUACAAGCGAUAUGAUUUAUAACACAUAGUGCAUAUGCAACAACACACGAUCACACGCGCGUACGUAUAUUCAAAGCAUCAGCAUAUUCACGUAAAACUUUAAAGUUUAAACCAAAUGAACAUUAGAAACGCAAACGGGAAUCUACAGCAUAGAUCGGCGCAGAAGCCCGAUUUCGCCUACGAUAAUGCAACGGACAUAGCAACCACAUCCGAUCAGAGAAGAAUAAGCAAACACAUGCAAACAUAAACAUACAUAAUUGUUAUUGUUGUUAAAAGCAACUAAAAUUGUAAUAGAAAUUAUGCAAAUAUACAUACGAAUAUGACGACAAAUGUUAA